AAUAAAAAAUAUAUAUAAAAAAAGAUUACAUCAUGCUUUGUUUAUCCAACCGUUUGUUCAUUUGUGUGCUCACGUGCGUGUGUGUGUGGAGACUCCUGGGAGGGGAAUGUUUGUCAGUCACUCAGUGAUAAAUAGAGAGGUUAUGCUCAGAGUUUGUCAGAAGACUGACCUGACAGGGUCACACACAGGACCAAGCAGUAGCAGGAGGACCACAGCAUUUUUACCCUUUAUUACAAAUGGAGAAGCAUGAAGAUGUUCAAUACUGUUUUCAAGACAGAAACUCUUCUUGCAGAAAGGCUUUGCUAUCGACAUCUAUCUACAUAACACUGUACAUGUUCUUCUCAUUGUUUUCAGCAGUUACAGUAUUUUUGAACAUACUGGUGAUCAUCUCCAUCUCUCACUUCAAGCAGCUCCACACUCCAACCAACCUGCUCAUCCUCUCUCUGGCUGCGUCAGAUCUCCUGGUGGGACUGAUUGUGAUACCAGUAGCGACUGUAGCAUUAAUGGAAUCAUGCUGGGGUUUUGGGGAAUAUUUCUGUGUGUUUCAAUUCUACAUCGCUUUUUUAUGUACUUCUUUAUCUCUGGGUAAUUUGGUCUUGAUAUCUAUUGACCGCUAUGUUGCUGUGUGUGAUCCCUUAUUGUACCACUCUAAAAUAACAAUAACAAUAAUUAUGUGUUGUAUAUCUAUUACCUGGUGUUGUUGUAUCAUAUACUGUGCUGCUAUUAUAAACAACUUUGCAAAUGUACAGGUACCCAGUAGGUGUUUGAAUGAAUGUUUUAUUGUUGAAGGAAUAACCUGGGUUAAUAUCAUUGAACUUGUAAUUACAAUGGUUGUUCCGUGCUCUAUUAUUAUAACACUUUAUAUGAAAAUCUUUGUGGUGGCCAGAUCACAGGCCAGAAAGGUAUUUUCAAAAGAGGCUGCCGGUGUGUCUGGUGUUAAAACUGUACAGGCAAAUAAGUCUGAGAGAAAAGCAGCAAAAACUCUGGCUAUUGUUGUUUUCAACUAUUUAAUUUGUUGGAUUCCAUUUUUAUUUUCUUUCUUUUUGUAUUUUUUAAUUGAAAAUGUAUUUUCAGUUAUGAUCAUCGGCUUUCUACCACUUGUUAAUUCUUUUAUCAAUCCAAUAAUUUAUGCUUUCUUUUAUCCAUGGUUCAAAGUGACAGCUAAACAUAUUUUAACUCUGAACUUUUAAAUUGUAUUUUUUUUUAAUCCUUUAUUUAACUAGGCAAGUCAGUUUAGAACAAAUUCUUAUUUACAAUGUCGGCCUAGCUUAACUUAAGGCAUAAAUAGUUCAUAUGUUUUUAUUCCUACGUUUGACAAACGUGUUUGAUAUAGUUUUGUAAUACAAUUUUUGCAAUUGCUUCUUUCAUGUAACAAUACAGUGACAUGACUUAUCUCAGUGUUGUCAUCAUACGGUAGAUACGUGUGGUGUUGAUACCCAAUGAUUUGUCUGGAUUGGAUUGGAAUGACUUGGAGAAGGCAUAAGAAGGCAUAAUCUUGUUUUAUAAAAUACAUUGUAGUCAUUUUGGGUUGUAUAUUCCAAAUACCAAAGUCUGUUGUUGUUCCAUGUUAUUUAAUGAUAAAUAGUAGGUAAGUAUUCUAAAAGUACAUUUUGAGAACGUCAUGAGUCAUUAUAUGUGUUUAACAUCACCCUCUAGUGGCUCAAUUGGUACACAAUGCCUUCAACAAUGGAGUAAAAUGUAAAUGUACAAUAUGCAUGAUAUCAGAUAACGUACAAGUCUAUGUAAGUAGUUGAGGGUAAAAUGCAAGAAUAUGCAAUUAUGUUUAACACUUUAUAAUGUUCAGUAAUAAACCAUAAGUAAGGCAUUUACAGUAUGGUCACCAUUUAUGAUUACACCCACAUUUGUUAAAUGUUAAUCAGCUUUGUAUUCUCACAUUUAUAAAUAACUACUAUAUGCUUUAA